UCGGAAUGGAAUGAAAAAAAAAAAAUGUCGAAUUUUAUAUCAAAGCCGAUGAAAAAUUCUUUCUAAAAUCAUGUAGACAAUAUCCUGCGUUUUGCUGAGAAUCGAUACACGUUUCAAAGGGGUGAGUAAGAAAGAGAAAGAGAGAGAGAGAGAGAGAGAGGGAGAGAGAGAGAUUAAGCGCGUGCGCUACGGAUGCAGUUUUGCUCGGCGUUGUCGACUACAACAGUUCUUUAUCACUUUUUCCCCUCGAUAAUUCUUUGGAUUUAUCGAGAAAUAUUGCAUUAAUUCGAAGAUACGAAGAUCUUGGUGAAAGAAAACGAUAAAAAUGUCGAGUAGCAAGUGUGUGAAACAACCGCGUAAAGCGUAUGCGAAGGAGCAGCAUGAAAUGAGCCAUUCGGAGAAGUUAAGACUAAUCGAUGACGAGUUAAAUUCAUUUUACAAAUAUUGUCAGCAAGCUGGUUUUACCGAGGAAGAAAUGGAUAUAAUUUGUCAACCAUUGGUAGCGGCAAUGCGCCGUUCAUGGUUACAACUCGUUUUUCGUGGUACUUUGAUACUCGUUGUGCUUGGUACAUUGGCUUGUCUGGCGGCCCAACUUGAUUUCGUUGGGACUCAUUUUACUGCUCUUAGCCGUUUAUUAUUGAUCAAAGUAUUACCAAUAUGGAACUGGCAACCUCUUUAUUACGAAAAUUGCAUGAUUAAUAAUCCCUUUUACAAUGAUUACACGAUUACGGAGGAAGAUUGCGUGACUUGCGAAGCACUUGAAACGAUUGAUCGUUUAUCGGACGUAAGAUAUCGCAGCCUCGUUGAUAAUUAUCUUAGUCGUGAUGCACCAGCUAUCAUCACCGAUGCUAUGGACACAUGGGCGGUUAUGAAUACGGAUUACUUUUGGUUCGAUAAUAUAACUCACCUUUACUUGGAGAACGAACGUUUGAUGGAAACGGUCCCAUGUGCUCUCACGUCUAAUUUACGAACCGGUUCGUCCGAUUUAGCGGCUUUUUUACGUCGAGUACACUCGCCCGAAGUUGCCAAAUGGUUUGUUCAUUGGCAAAAUUGUGACAUAAAUGCCGUCAAAGUAUUAAGAAAGUAUUAUCAGAGACCUUACUUCUUAUCGAGCACGGUCUCCCCGGCACACUUCAAUUGGGUUCUUAUGUCCUCGGAUUAUAACAGUCCUAGUUAUAAAAAAGUCGAAUUAGAUUCUGGCUUGAUAGCUUUGGCACAGCUUCGUGGUGCCACCCAAUUGCGAUUAACACCUAUCAAUCCGUGCAAUAGUUCUUGUCCCGAACUUAUUGCUGAUUUACAUCAAGGAGAGAUGCUUGUAUUUACCAACCUGAUGUGGACUUUGGAGUAUGCACCAAUGCGUGGAUUGGAUAACAUCGCUAUCCUUACGGAAACCGUUUGGGAAGAAGAUAGUUAAAUCGUAAAAUCGUUACUUUUCAAUUAAUAUAACGAUCGUGGUUUCUUGAUCUUGAAACUUUUUCAAGAGCUUUCCCAUCUUUAAUACAUGUAUCGAUAUAAACGUAUUAAAUAGGACGUAUUCCAUCGAUCGUGUAUACAUUUGUUUCAUUGAUAUGUAUAUUUCAAUGAAGAAAAAAAAAAAAAAACAAAAAAACAAAAAGAAAAAAUAUAAUAAAAAAUAUCGCCAACUUUGACAAUUCGUAUACAUACUGUAAUGUCAAGAGAAAUACUUAAAAAAAAAAAAAAAUCCUUUUCUUCUCUACUACCCUGUUUAAAAGGAGACGCAUCAUAAAUGUGGUAUCAAAAAAAAAGGAAUAAAAAAAUGAAAGAAAAAAGAUAAAAGAGAAGAAAGUUGUGGAGGAAUAGCACAAGUAACAACAAACAAGAUUUGUCUUUUAUUAAUUAAUUGUUUAUAAUAACAUUAUGUGUUUUUGUUGAA